AUGAUAGAAUGGUUGGAAAAGUGUAUCGAAAUAGCUGAUUAUUACCCAGAUUGGAAGCAAAGGAAACAAAUCCAUAAUACUAAUAUCAAAAGACAAGAUUUUGACUGCCUAGGUAAAGCUGAAAAAGCUCUCUCAAAUAAGUUAGCUGUAUUUGUUAGAUCAAUAGGAGAUAAUGUACCUUCUUUUCUUCAUGAAGGAUUAAAAGAAAAAUUGUAUCAGCUAGCCUUCUUUUUACUUGGAGUUCAUGAAAUAUUGGAAGGCAAAGAUGCAAAAAUUGAACAAGAUUCCGAAAAUAAAAAAAGAAGGUUAGAUCCCGAAACUUACGAGUAUAACAGAGAACUUAAUAGGGUAUUUGCACAUAUUAAUAUUGAAAAUCACUUUGAAGGUGAUGCGAAUCGAGGCAAGGCUGCUUUUGAACGAAUUGUAAAAAAUAUUUCUGUUGACGA